GCAUGAAACUUUCUGAGACAUCAAUUACAAGAUAACAAGAAUCCGUUGAUGCCACUUGCUAUAAAGUUGCGUCACUAGUCAAUCACGACAGCGGCUUACUAUAAUCUCCUGAACAGCAAAGCCAAGUAAGUCCAUGAUGAGCCUGAACUCCGAACAAGGGCUUAACUGCCAAGCCAUAUCACUCUCAUCACAAUCAAGUCUUCAAUCCUUCAGCCCAUGCCACUUCCAGUGCAUCUCCACACUCAGAGGCCACUCAUCCUACGUCUCUGGCCUCGCCGUGGACGGCAACUCGCUCUACGUCGCCUCGUCGGACGGGCACAUCAAGCUGUGGCCACUGGACAUGGGCACGCCGGCCAUGCAGGAGGAGGAGCAGUGCGGUUCUGAUGUUGCGAUCACCGACAGCCCCAUAAAGUGCCUCAUGGCCACCAGCGAUGGUCUUGUCAGCUCCCAUCAGGACGGCAAGAUCAGGGUGUGGCAGGCCGGCCGGCGGAACGGCGAGAGCAGCCACCUUGCCUUGCACAGCGUGCUGCCGACCACCGCGGACUGCCUGCGGACGUUCCUGUUCCCCAAGAACUACGUCGACGUCCGGCGGCACAGGAGCCGAACCUGGGUGCACCACGUGGACGCGGUCACCGCGCUCGCGAUGUCCCCGGAUGGCGCGCACAUGUACUCCGUGUCCUGGGACCGGAGCCUCAAGGUGUGGCGCCUGCCCAGUCUCCGCUGCGUGGAGUCCAUCGCUCCGGCCCAUGGCGAUGCCAUCAACGCCGUCGUCGUGUCGUCCGACGGCUGCGUCUUCACCGGGUCGGCAGACAGGACGGUCAAGACGUGGAGGCGCCACCCGGGGCAGAAGAACCUCACGCUGGUUGCCACCAUGGAGCGGCACAGGUCGGCGGUGAAUGCGCUGGCGGUAGGCGUCGACGGGCUGGUGCUAUACUCCGGCUCGUGCGACCGGUCCGUCGUCGUGUGGGAGGGCACCGCGGCGGGCGGCAUGGAGGUGAAGUGCACACUCGGUGGGCAUACUGAGGCAGUGCUGUGCCUGGCGGCCGCCGGGGACGUGGUGUGCAGUGGGUCGGCAGACAGGACGGCGAGGGUGUGGCGGCGUGGAGAGGAGGGCGUGUACUCCUGCUUGGCCGUCCUGGACGGCCAUGGCGCGGCCGUGAAAAGCCUGGCAUUGGUGUUGGUUGGAGGCGAUCAGGGCUGCUCUUGCAACGAGAAGUCUCGUUGUACUGGCUGCUGUGCUCUGGUUUGUAGUGGCUCGUUGGACUGUGAUGUGAAGAUUUGGAGGGUGACAUGACUAGCUUAUGAGUGCAACCGUGGUGCUUAAUUAGAGGCGUGCGGGUUUAAGCCGGCUUUUCAAAGGAGUUGAUGAAUCGUGAGAGCUUAAAGCUGUACCAUCCUGAAUGCUGGGAGCUGCUUAUUAUGUCUGCAUUUUGAUCCA